GAAGGAAGACUAAAGAUCAAGAAAGAUGUGGAAAGCAGGAUCUAUUGGCGUUCUGCUGGUUCUUCUUUUUGGAAGUGGCAACUUCUUUAAAAUGGAGAGAGGUUUUCAUGCUGGAGGUGUGAAUGCCACAGAGUGGUGCUCAAUGCCGAAAGCAUGUGAUGUGCCUGGAUUCUCUGAUUGGUUCAGAGUGGGUCAACGCUGUGUCAAAUACUUCUUCAGUCGCCUAAACUUCACUCUAGCCGAGUUCAAGUGUAGGAGCAAAGCCCCUGGUGCACAUCUGGUGUCUGUGCAUAAUUCACAGGAUAACAAUUACUUGCUCUGCAUUGUGAAAAAAUUUAACCCAAAAAGCCUACGCAUCUGGCUCGGGGCCUAUGAGUUUUUUAAGUCUGGUGAGUUUUUCUGGCUCGAUGGAUCCUUCUGGAAUUUUAAUCGGUGGGUUCCUGGCGAGCCCAAUCAUAUGUACACUAGCAACGAGGAAUGCUUGGAGAUGAACUGGAAAGAAGCUGGAAAGUGGAAUGACGACAAAUGCAAUGUCAGAAAAAGCUUCAUCUGUGCCUUCAAGCGUAAGGAGUUCAUGGAAAUACGCUCUGUGUGAUCUGCGCUUUUAUCAGAUCAGGCUCAUUCUAAAAAACGUACCCCAAAAUACAUUUCUGGAGAGCCCCAAAUACGUCCCAGGAGCUAAGUUUUUUUGCAGUUUUUGUUUUCGCAAAUCAACCAGAGUCUGCUGUGUAUGCAUUUUCAGAUCUCAAAUAUGUCUUGCGAGUGCCAUUCGCUAAACCCUUCCCUAAACCCAACCAAUAGUGUUU